CCACUCGGCAAGACAGAGAUGACUUCGUGCGAUGACUCAGUUCCUUGCGUUCACUUCAAAUACAACGUCCUGCAGAACGCGUCCCUCUACGAAGAUUGUCCGCAGUUCUGCAACGACUUCGAAAACGUGGAGUACGUCUACCUCGCGUUCAGUCUCCUCUCCGGGUUGAGCUGUCUCCUGGUGUUCCUCACUUACCUGGUGCUCCCUCGCCUCAGGCACGGAGGCCAUUCAUCCAUCGUCUUCAUAUACAGAACUGUCCUGGACCUACUGAUAUCUGUUGGUCAUGUGGUGGCCAUUGCAGCUGACCUGAAGAGACAGAAUGACCCGGCCAGAGAAUACACGUGCAGCGUUCUUGGAGGUUUCAACACAUUUACCCUCAUGGCCUCCAAUAUGUGGUACCUAGUACUGGCUGUGGAUCUUGCCAAGGCCAUCCGAAACCCAUUCAAGUAGGGUGUGUUGUGACAAACAGAGUUUUGUUUCACUUUCGUUUCUCUUCACUCCGUCAUUCACAAAUAUCAGGUCAGCCCCAACGUACGGAGCUCUAGCACACACAUGUGUCUGGGGUGCUGCAGUCAUCUCUACUGCCAUCCCUGCCAUCCAGCUUCAGGAGGGACUUGGUUUGUCCAUCUUCAACUGGUGCUGGAUAUCAGUCGAAACGAAGCUGGAAAACUUCAUUCUCCUCUCCCUCUUCCUGUACUACAUCCCACACCUCCUAAUAUGGAUAUCGUCAACUGUCGUCCUCAUCUUUGCCCUCUUCAUCUUCUGGGGCGGGCGGUUUGCAGCCAGCAGCGAAACUCGCAAGUUUGUCAUGAAACAAAACGUGGUCUACGUACUCGUUCUCGGCAUGGAGACUGCACUAAUCAUCCCUCUUUGGGUCACCCAAUUAAUCUUCCUCAAGAGUGAGGGGCAGGACCUCGGAAACCGUCCGAGGUUCUACACAAAUGCAGACGUGAUUCUGGCUUUUAUAUUUGCCACCAUUCACAGUCUGAGAGGGACCAUCGACCUCAUUGUGUGGUGGGUGACCUUUUCCAUUGGGCCCAGCGACUUCAAGGGUCUCUACCAGCAAGUGAGAGCUCGUUUCAGGCCCAGAUCGGAGGAGCUGACCCCCUCGUCCAGCAUGCACACUCCACUCAUACGGGCUGAUACUGCAGUGAACAGAGCUCUGCGUCGCGACGCCAUCUACUGCAUCAACAUUGGGAUCCUGGACGCAGUCAAACUGAACGUGGACCAGCGAAGCAGGGACGGGAGACUCGGCUCUGUGAGGGAGCCGUUUGUGGCCCAGGCAAUGAUGAACUGGGAGGAACAAAACAGACACCAGGAAACCGAGGACAGACUCGCCGCUAAUCCUUACUACCGUGAGCAGACUGAGAGGAAGAUAACUUUCCCGCCUUCAGCCAGCAUCCAGAAAUUUGCCUUCCAGGACUUGGAGCCGACAGUCUUUGACCUCCUGAGACAAGCCUACGGUAUCUCGUCCUCGGAGUAUCGACAGUCGUUCAAGUUGAGGAAUGCAGCCGACGUUGAGAGCAGUGGAAUGCUGGAGAAGUUUACGGAGGGAAAGAGUGGGAGUUUCUUCUACUUCUCACACAACUUUCGCUACAUCAUCAAGACGGUAACGUCCGAGGAGGAAAAGUUCCUCCGCAAAAUCGCCUAUCACUACUACAAACACAUGAAGAGGAACCCAAACUCGCUCAUCGUCCGAUUCUUUGGUCUGCACAAAGUCCGACUGGCCCCCGAGCAGCGGUAUAUUAGUGUGGUGGUCAUGGAAAACAUCUUUCACAACCGGCAUCAACUGAAAAUGAGCACCAUUUACGAUCUGAAAGGCUCUUCAGUUGGUCGGAGGUCCCUGAAGGGAGGCAGGACCAGGGCUACAUAUCACGGAACGCUCAAAGAUCUUGAUUUCGAGGGGAACGUGUGGAUUGGAAGAGACGCCAAGACUCAGCUGAUGGAGCAACUGGACCAAGAUGUGAAGUUUCUCACAAAGUGUGGGAUCAUGGACUACUCCCUGCUACUGGGGACCCACAACCACGCGGGCUCUCGUCCAGCUCGAUUCGAGUCAGAGAGUCUGGAUUUUGGUGGCAGGGACACGAUUGUGGAUGUCACCCUGGGAGGCAGCGCGAGACCGUCUUUCUCGUCAAUGGCCUCACCACAUGGAACACUGGAUGGCCGCAGUCGGCAGGCUACGGCGGUGACCUCAUUCUCUGAGUCACGGGCGAAACCAGCUGAGCCGCAUGUUCAGUGGUUCCGUCAAGACAUGGGGGGGCUCCGCAGCUGUUCGCCCUUCCACCCGUGUAUCUACGACCAGGAGCAGCGGGGAGGUGGCGAGCCCGAGGCCUCCAUGUCGCAGUACCCAGGAACGGCAGCCCAGGAUCUGCCAGUUGCCACCUACUUCUUUGGAGUGGUGGACAUCCUCCAGGAGUACAACGUCCGGAAGAAGGCAGAGAACUUUUGGAAGACAAAGAUUGCCUGUCAGGACAAAAGAGGGAUUUCGGCUGUCAAUCAACAGGAAUAUGGUGAAAGGUUCCUUAGAGCAAUGGACAGAAUUUUUCAAUAACUGGUUAUAUAUAUAGUUUUUAUAAUAAUACUGCAUGUGUGCGUGUGAUUACAUUUUUGACGACAUAUAUAACUAUUUCCAGAAUUUAAACCAUGAUUUUUUACUCGAUGAAAGAAUGGGAGAUUGGUUGUCAUUGGCAACAGGCUCCUCCCCCAGAAGUACAGCCUCCAGGCUUCGGUUGGUCUUGUUCCAAAAGGUCAGAGUUCGCCGAUGAGUCGGACAGGGAGUAGUGAUGUCACUCAGCCAGUCUUCCUCACUGAGACAGAGUAGCUCGGUGUAAGGAGGGACCAUGGGAGAGUGUUGCUGGGCAAACCCUGUACACCUCCAGAUGAUAUGUCCAGUCAGAGUCAGGACCAGGAGGAGCUCCGUACUGAACUGGAGUCCAACCACACUCAGCAGGUGACCUACAGCCAGCAGUUUCAGCUGCUCAAACUGCCCUCGCACUGGGAGUGUCACGUUACUCAAUUCCUUCCAUGACCACACCGCCCAGACGCGGAGCCGAGCCUGGAAGAUCACGCCCAUCAGCUGUCGGUCAGAUGAGAGUACAAACUCCGUGUUAAGUCCUCCUGAAUCAUAGAGAGCAGAGUCCAGAGAGGAGGGGGGGGUGAGGUGGGGCUGGGGAGUGUGGGAGACGAGCCUCAUACCAGUCCCCGUGGCAGAGAAGACGUGACUGGUUAUGGUGUUGGCCCACUGGAGGAGCAGGAGGUGGGCGGGGCAAGACUCUCCGGGUGAGGGGGGUGGGGCAUUGGAGAGAAGCCACACACCCCUCUUCCCAUGCGGGACCCUCCGGCCGACGAUGUUAGCGUUGUUGUGUUGGAGUCUGAACCGGGGGAGCUGUCUGAGAGGGGCGCACAGUUGCAGAAACUGCAGGUCCCAAAACGACUGCUCGCCCACCGAGUGGAAACUGACGAGUUUUGCCAUUGCAAUGAGGCCACACCUCUCGCAGGAGGAGAACCGAAGCUCAGUGUCGUAGAGAGGAUCCCAAGUCAUGCACAAUGUGGGGGAAACAGGGCCUGGCGAAGACAGAUCAUACAGACUCCAUCUUCCACUGGCUGUGGCGCACACGUACACCUGUGUCUCGAGCAGAGAGCCCCACACCACUCUGUGUUCAGAUCCGCUGCUGAAUGGCAGUCUCAGAGUGUGAGUGCGGGUGAGUGUCCCUCCCCGCACCCUCUCAACCACAAUCUCUCUCGGCUGGAAGUCCCUGUAGAGGGUCCCAAUGAUGCAACCCUGUCUGGCAUACUGGUGGGAGUACCGCACAUCAAAAGGGUAGCCCCUGGUCAAAUUGACUGUGGUGGGGGGCGGGGCUAUUAGGGAUAGCAGGUAGUUCUUUGUAGCCAAGAAUAGUCCCCUGGAUGUCUCAUGCAGGGGGCUGAAUUUUCGGACCAUGACCUCCGACAGCCCGGCGUCGGUGCAUGCGGCCCUCCAGUAAGGCUCCAGCUGGGAGAGACGGCCGAACCAGGCCCGACACACCAGGAGACAGCGGGUCACGUCCCCGGGAGAGAGAAAAAGGCACAUUUGCAGUACCAGCUCCGCCGGGAGGAGGGAGAGAAAGUCAACGGUUGGACUGUCCUCUCUCUCACCGCACACUCCCUCCAUCUCAUCCGCCGGACGACCAUCGACGACGCAACAGCGUUUGCAAGAAUUUGCCUGCUGGAG